CCACUCUGUAUUGUCUGAGAGCAACCAAUUGUUGGUAGUAAUGGAUACAGAUGGAAGUGUAACUUACAGAGGCUUCAAUGCAACUGUGAAAGCAGUUGAUUUAAGUGAAAUUUUUGUAUGUGGUGAUUUUGAAUUUGUACUAUUGGAACAAGUGUGUGAUGGAAUCAUUGAUUGUGCUGACUUCAGUGACGAGCUACAGUCUUGCCCUUGUAGCGACAAUUUUCAGUGUGCGAAUGGUAUCUGUAUUGCCGCUGCAAAACGAUGUGACCGAGAAAAUAACUGUCUCGAUUGGUCAGAUGAACAAGGCUGCUGGAAUGUUACUUCUGAAAAAUGUGGAUCACAACCUUUCUUACCUGCUGAAGAUAGGAUUGUUGGAGGUGAAGAUGUACCACCAGGGAAAUGGCCGUGGAUUGGUUCAAUCACAGUAUAUGGAUCUCAUUAUUGUGGUGCUGCAUUGAUUGAUCGUGAAUGGGCAUUGACAGCUGCUCAUUGUCUCCUGAACACUUCUGGCCAAUCGCAAUCAUUUUCGUCUCCAAAUUACCCGAACAAUUACUACAAUAACUUGUAUUGUCAAUGGAUAAUAUAUGUCCCAGAGGAUCUAGCAAUACUGCUCGAGUUCAAUGACUUCAGCCUUGAAAAUAGAUAUGAUUAUGUGAGGAUAAUUUCUGAAAACAUGACUGAUAUCAGUUUUACGGGAGUAAACUUCCACUCUGUAUUGUCUGAGAGCAACGAAUUGUUGGUAGUAAUGGAUACAGAUGAAAUUGUAACUUACAGAGGCUUCAAUGCAACUGUGAAAGCAGUUGAUUUAAGUGAAAUUUUUGUAUGUGAUGAUUUUGAAUUUGUAUUAUUGGAACAAGUGUGUGAUGGAAUCAUUGAUUGUGCUGACUUCAGUGACGAGCUACAGUCUUGCCCUUGUAGUGAUGACAGUUUUCAGUGUGCGAAUGGUAUCUGUAUUGCCGCUGCAAAACGAUGUGACCGAGAAAAUAACUGUCUCGAUUGGUCAGAUGAACAAGGCUGCUGGAAUGUUACUUCUGAAAAAUGUGGAUCACAACCUUUCUUACCUGCUGAAGAUAGGAUUGUUGGAGGUGAAGAUGUACCACCAGGGAAAUGGCCGUGGAUUGGUUCAAUCACAGUAUAUGGAUCUCAUUAUUGUGGUGCUGCAUUGAUUGAUCGUGAAUGGGCAUUGACAGCUGCUCAUUGUCUUGGUAGAAUAGACUACAUCAGAUUCGGCACCACAGAUCUUGAGUUUCAUUCUUCAGUCUUUUAUGAGGAGGUUGGCGUAGCUGAGGCGCUUCCCCAUCCACACUAUGAUUAUUAUACGUUAGCGAAUGACAUUGCCCUUCUGAGGCUAGAAAGACCAGUCAAUUACAGUGCAUUUAUACAGCCUAUUUGCUUUGGUGAAGAUUUUGCAGUCGGUACUGAAUGUGUGAGUGCUGGUUGGGGUCGACUGUAUGAAUACGGGCCAAUUCCAAAUACAAUGCAAGAAAUUACAGUCCCAAUAAUCAGCCAAGAGGAAUGCAGAAAUGUCUCUCAACUUGAAGAAAUAAUAACAAACUCUACCAUUUGCACUGGAGGAUUUGAGGAUGAAAAAGGAGCAUGCAGGGGUGAUAGUGGUGGGCCUCUGAUGUGUAAACGUGAUGGUAUAUGGUUUGUUGCUGGUAUUACUAGUUUCACUAAAAACCCGUGUGCUUCUGACGUUGGUGGUUAUACAAGAGUAUCCAGCUACACCGAACUAAUAAAUGAUAUACUUAGUGGCAAUAUUUUUGUAUGUGGUGAUUUUGAAUUUAUACUAUUGGAACAAGUGUGUGAUGGAAUCAUUGAUUGUGCUGACUUCAGUGACGAGCUACAGUCUUGCCCUUGUAGUGACGACAGUUUUCAGUGUGCGAAUGGUGUCUGUAUUGCCGCUGCAAAACGAUGUGACCGAGAAAAUAACUGUCUCGAUUGGUCAGAUGAACAAGGCUGCUGGAAUGUUACUUCUGAAAAAUGUGGAUCACAACCUUUCUUACCUGCUGAAGAUAGGAUUGUUGGAGGUGAAGAUGUACCACCAGGGAAAUGGCCAUGGAUUGGUUCAAUCACAGCAUAUGGAUCUCAUUAUUGUGGUGCUGUAUUAAUUGAUCAUGAAUGGGCGUUGACAGCUGCUCAUUGUCUUGGUAGAAGAAUAGACUACAUCAGAUUCGGCACCACAGAUCUUGAGUUUCAUUCUUCAGUCUUUUAUGAGGAGGUUGGCGUAGCUGAGGCGCUUCCCCAUCCACACUAUGAUUAUUAUACGUUAGCGAAUGACAUUGCCCUUCUGAGGCUAGAAAGACCAGUCAAUUACAGUGCAUUUAUACAGCCUAUUUGCUUUGGUGAAGAUUUUGCAGUCGGUACUGAAUGUGUGAGUGCUGGUUGGGGUCGACUGUAUGAAUACGGGCCAAUUCCAAAUACAAUGCAAGAAAUUACAGUCCCAAUAAUCAGCCAAGAAGAAUGCAGAAAUGUCUCUCAACUUGAAGAAAUAAUAACAAACUCUACCAUUUGCACUGGAGGAUUUGAGGAUGAAAAAGGAAUAUGCAGGGGUGAUAGUGGUGGGCCUCUGAUGUGUAAACGUGAUGGUAUAUGGUUUGUUGCUGGUGUUACUAGUUUCACUAAAAACCCGUGUGCUUCUGACGUUGGUGGUUUUACAAGAGUAUCCAGCUACACCGAACUGAUAAAUGAUAUACUUAGUGGCGUUGAAUGUGAUCAUGUCUGCAUCAGAGGUGGUUGUAUUUCAAGAAACUUGAUAUGUGAUGGUAUAAACGAUUGUCAGAAAGGUGAUGAUGAAUGGGACUGUUCAGCUCCAGCGUACGGAAAUACUACAAUCUAUUUGGAAGAGAAUCAAGUUUCAGAGUUGUCAAGUCCUGGCUAUCCAAACCCUUAUCCUAAUAACUUUCGAUGGUCUUGGGAUAUUAUUACACCAGACAAUCAAGUUGUUUUUCUUUAUUUCACUGCAUUUACACUGGAAUCAUGCUGUGACUUUAUCACAAUUUCUCUGUCACCUGAUGAAAGUAAUAACUCUUCACUAACAUAUUCUGGUAGUAACCUUCCACCCAGCGUGGCAUCAGUUGCAAAUCGAUUACAGCUUUCAUUCAUUACUGACACUAUAGUGGCAUAUGAAGGAUUUUCAGCUCGAAUGUGGGCCGUGAAUAAAGAAGAAUUAUUCAGCUGCUCGAGUGAAAAUCAUGAAACGAUACCAAACUGUUGGGUAUGUGAUGGUAAUGUUGAUUGCUACAAUAUUCAAGACGAGUUAGGAUGUGUACAAUGUCAACCAGAUGAAUAUAAUUGUAGCAAUGGAGAGUGCAUUUCAAUAUUAGAAAGAUGUAAUGGUUAUUCCAGCUGUAUUGAUGGCAGUGAUGAGACUAACUGUGAGUGUCCAGAAGGCGAAUUCCCCUGUUCGGAUCGAUGUAUACCAGCCUCAAAUCUUUGCGAUGGAAUUGAUCACUGUGAGGGAUCUGAAGAUGAAAGAUACUGCGUUAGCAAUGCAACAUUUUUGUCAUGCCCGGAAUCAUUAGCUGUAAAUUGUGACAAUGUGUUCAUUUAUAAUAAACCUGUAGCGCUUGGACCAGACGGACAGUUAGCCCAUACUUUUUGUUGGAAUGAUACUUUAUCUGUUUCGGAUGCCCACAGAGUUACAUGUCAAACUGUUUCAUCAAACCCAGUAACAUGUUCUUUUACGUUGGAUAUCGAACAUACACUAUCGAUUGCAUUUAUAACGGCUAAGAACAUAUCUUUAUUCGGCUUCAACCCAUUCGCAAUAGUCACUGAAAGCACGAGCAAUGGACCUGUUAUUGUUUACGAAGGACCAGGUGAUUUUAUCAUCCUACCUGGAAAUGCAAACGGCGUUAUCUCUCUACAAGUACCUGGUUUUCUGGAAACAAGUAAAUUUUGGAGAACUCCUACAUGUACAUUUUCUGUUCUGGAAUUUGAAUUUGACCUAGAGCCAAUUAAGAUUGUUGAUACAAUUACUAUUGACCAGAACAUAGAACAAAGAGUAACGCUCAAUCUUGAUUCUGGACAGUUGGCUUUUAUAACAUUUCCACCAGGAAGUUUGAGUCGCCUUAGUGGUGAUCAACUAAGCAUUGCUCUGAAUCUUCCAGACCUUUCAGACUCCUCUCAACUGGAAAAUGUUCCAGUAUUAAUAAAUGCCGAAGGUUUGUACAAUUCACAUUGA